AUGAGACGAGCUUACGUGUUUAAUUCCGUUUCCAUAGGAACGGGUUAUGAGGACAAAUUGCGAAGGAAAAUGUACGCUGUAAAGAAGUUUUAAUUGCAUUUCACGCGCGAAAAAUUACUCACGAAGAAUCGUGAUGCAGCAAAACCAGCAGAUCGGCGAGUUUUUCCGGGACCAAUUUUUCUCGCUUUUCAAAACCAGGCAAAAGCACGAACGGAAGCUGAAGCGGAGUGACUACAUCAACGAGCAAGUCUGGACUUCCCUGUGUCGGGUUUUGAAAGUCGAAAAGGACUACGAACUGUCCGCACCAGACGUUGCUGCGUGCAUCGAACACAUUAUAAAAAAUGUUUUGCCCACAAUUUUCGUGCAGAAAUUUCAAAAACCUGCAACAGAACAACUGGACAGUGGAGUGCAACUGGCUUACGACAAAGUUUCGAAAGAAAAAAGGGUGGCCCUGCUGGAGUUGCAGUAUCUGGAGGCGUUGGCCAGGAUGACCAGCACGCUCAACAAGUGGCUCUUCUACUUCCAAGUCAAGGAGAUGAUUUGUCAGCUGCAAAAUCCGAAUUACGACGGCGCCAGGGUUCCGGUCCAACCGCACAACCAGUUGACGCGCCUGCCCGCCGGCGACACAGUCCAUUUGUAUUCGCAACUGAAAAAUUCCCUCGACCAAACUACGCCAGACUGUCAAAGUUUGGAUACAAAACGGUUUUUCAACCUGAUGCAGAAUUACGAGAUGGAGGGACAAAUGCGAUACAAAAACGCCAACGAGUUGAAAUGCAAACUGGGCAGAAUGGAAGUGGAAUUCCAGGCACAGAGGGAAAAAUCGCUUGCCAUGCUGAGAGACUACACUGAAGAGUUGGAAGGACAGAAAGAAAAGCUGGAGUCGCUGAAACUCGUCGCGCAAGUCAACGCUGACUAUCGCACAAACCCGAAGAAAAAUUUUGCCGAGGAGAGAGAAGAGCUUGUUACCGUCAUUUCUUUAUUUGAAAACGUCCUGCACACCAAUUGUCAGACCCUGCGGCCCACGCAAAUGAUAAGUCUUUUAGAGCGGAAACUACAAUCGAUGCACAAUGAAAUUUUUCAUCUGCGGAGAGGAAUUUCCGCCACCGAACAGGUUAUAUUGGAAAAGGAGUGGAUUGCCAAGGAAAGGAGCAGACUGAAACAUUUGGCGAAAAUGCACAGCGUGCAGAAAAGGGCCGAGCGUCUGGCAAAAAGGUCGCAAUUGGCUCUCUUGCAACGGCAGGAAAAGAUUACAAUUGAGCACAAAAAUUAUUUUGUAAAAGUGCCUAAAAAGAAAGCGAGAUCGCCGCCAGUCGAGGUGGACCACCGCCGAAUAGAAGAGCUCGUCUGCUUUGACGAACGUUGCGGCGAAAAGUUGUUUGUGCAAAUUUACGAGCCGCUUGAAAAGGCGUCGGAAAGCAACAGCAAAGAGGACCAAAUGUUGACAGAGUGGAUAGUAGAAGUUAAGAAAAACGGUCCCUCGUAAAAAUUUAAUUAAUCAUAACAUUUUGAAAUUACACACCAACCUAAUAUUAAUUUAAAAACAGUGGGAAAUUUUAUUUGAAAGAGCAAAGAGCGAAAUUUGUAGAAAAAAUUUAUUUACAUUUAUAUGUGAGAGGUGGUUGGACAGCGGAAUUCCUUGUUAGGCAUCUGUAGUGCUUGAAAAAAAA